AUGCGGGUCCGGGUCGGGCUGACGCUGCUGUUCUGCGCGGUGCUGCUGGGCACGGCCUCGGCGUCCUCGGAUGAUGAAAGCAGCCAGGAUGAAUCCUUAGAUUCCAAGACUUCUUUGCCAUCAGAUGAGUCAGUAAAGGACCACAGCACAGCAGGCAGAGUAGUUGCUGGUCAGAUAUUUCUUGAUUCAGAAGAGCCAGAAUUGGAAUCACCUAUUCAGGAGGAGGAAGACAGCCCCAGGAGCCAAGAAGGGGAGAGUGGCACAGAAGAAGUCAGCUUUUUAGAAUCUUCAAAUCCAGAAAACAAAGAUUAUGAAGAACCAACGAAAGUACGGAAACCAGCUUUGACCGCCAUUGAAGGCACAGCACAUGGAGAGCCCUGCCACUUCCCUUUUCUUUUCCUGGAUAAGGAAUAUGAUGAGUGCACGUCAGAUGGGAGGAAAGAUGGCAGACUAUGGUGUGCUACAACCUAUGACUACAAGGCAGAUGAAAAGUGGGGCUUUUGUGAAACUGAAGAGGAGGCUAUUAAAAGACGGCAAAUGCAAGAAGCAGAAGUGAUGUACCAGACUGGGAUGAAAAUCCUCAAUGGAAGCAAUAAGAAAAGCCAAAAAAGAGAAGCGUAUCGGUAUCUUCAAAAGGCAGCAAGCAUGAACCAUACCAAGGCCCUGGAGAGAGUGUCGUAUGCUCUUUUGUUUGGUGAUUACCUGACACAGAACCUCCAGACGGCGAAAGAGAUGUUUGAGAAGCUGACUGAGGAAGGCUCUCCCAAGGGACAGGCUGCUCUUGGUUUUCUCUACGCCUCUGGACUUGGUGUUAAUUCAAGUCAGGCAAAGGCUCUUGUAUAUUAUACUUUUGGAGCUCUUGGGGGCAACCUAAUAGCCCACAUGAUUUUGGGCUACCGCUACUGGGCUGGCAUCGGGGUCCUCCAGAGUUGUGAAUCCGCGCUGACUCAUUACCGUCUUGUGGCCAACCAUGUUGCUAGUGAUAUCUCGCUGACGGGAGGCUCAGUAGUGCAGAGAAUACGGCUGCCAGAUGAGGUGGAAAAUCCAGGAAUGAACAGUGGGAUGCUAGAAGAAGAUUUGAUUCAGUAUUACCAGUUCCUAGCUGAAAAGGGUGAUGUUCAAGCACAGGUUGGUCUGGGACAACUGCAUCUGCACGGAGGCCGUGGAGUAGAACAGAAUCAUCAGAGAGCGUUUGACUACUUCAAUUUAGCAGCGAAUGCUGGCAAUUCACAUGCGAUGGCCUUCUUGGGAAAGAUGUACUCAGAGGGAAGUGAUAUUGUGCCUCAGAGUAAUGAGACAGCCCUUCACUACUUUAAGAAAGCUGCUGACAUGGGCAACCCAGUUGGACAGAGUGGGCUUGGAAUGGCUUACCUCUACGGGAGAGGAGUUCAAGUUAAUUAUGAUCUGGCACUGAAGUAUUUCCAGAAAGCUGCUGAGCAAGGCUGGGUGGAUGGGCAGCUGCAGCUUGGCUCCAUGUACUAUAAUGGCAUUGGAGUCAAGAGGGAUUAUAAACAGGCCUUGAAGUAUUUUAACUUAGCUUCUCAGGGAGGCCACAUCUUGGCUUUCUAUAACCUCGCACAGAUGCACGCCAGCGGCACAGGUGUGAUGCGAUCCUGCCACAAUGCAGUGGAGUUGUUUAAGAAUGUGUGUGAACGGGGCCGCUGGUCCGAGAGGCUUAUGACUGCCUAUAACAGCUAUAAAGACGGUGACUACAAUGCUGCCGUGAUCCAGUACCUCCUGCUGGCCGAACAGGGCUACGAAGUGGCACAGAGCAACGCCGCCUUCAUCCUCGACCAGAGAGAAGCCACCAUUGUAGGUGAGAACGAAACCUACCCCAGAGCUUUGCUGCACUGGAACAGGGCUGCCUCGCAAGGCUAUACUGUGGCUAGAAUUAAGCUUGGAGACUACCAUUUCUAUGGAUUUGGCACCGAUGUGGAUUACGAGACUGCGUUUAUUCAUUAUCGUCUAGCAUCUGAGCAACAACACAGCGCACAGGCUAUGUUUAAUCUGGGAUAUAUGCAUGAGAAAGGACUAGGCAUUAAACAGGAUAUUCACCUUGCAAAGCGUUUUUAUGACAUGGCAGCCGAAGCCAGCCCAGAUGCACAGGUACCAGUCUUCCUAGCGCUCUGCAAAUUGGGCGUCGUCUAUUUCUUGCAGUACAUACGGGAAGCAAACAUUCGAGAUGUAUUUACCCAAGUUGAUAUGGACCAGCUUCUGGGACCUGAGUGGGACCUUUACCUCAUGACCAUCAUCGCGUUGCUGCUGGGAACAGUCAUAGCCUACAGGCAGAGGCAGCACCAAGACAUGCCCGUCCCCAGGCCCCCCGGGCCACGGCCGGCACCACCCCAGCAGGAGGCUCCACCGGAGCAGCAGCCACCGCAGUAA